AUGUCGUUGCAAAUGGUAGUCAAGUGGACAGAGAUCACGAGAAAUUUGAGUGGAGGCCACAGAGAAGAGUUUGUUUUAGUGGGUUUCCCUACCUCUCCACCACUUCAGCUGCUCCUCUUUGCCCUCUUUCUUGCAAUUUAUCUGUUGACAUUGUUGGAAAAUGCACUCAUUGUUUCCAUGAUCUGGCUUACAAUGUACGUUUCCCUUGGCCAUCUCUCCUUCCUGGAGCUAUGUUACAUCAAUGUCACUGUUCUCCGACUCUUGGGAGCAUUUCUUAACCAGGACUGUAGAGUUUCCUUUAUAGGUUGUAUGACUCAACUUUACUUCUUCUUUGCCUUAGCCUGCACUGAGUGUGUCCUGUUGGCAAUCAUGGCCUAUGACCGCUACCUGGCCAUCUGUGAACCCCUCCGUUAUCCCAGUCUUAUGCCUUCCAGCCUUGCCACUCAUCUUGCAGCUUCAUCUUGGGGUGGUGGCUUCUUCAGCUCCAUGAUGAUGCUUCUUUUUAUUUCCCAACUGUCCUACUGUGGACCCGACAUCAUCAGCCACUUUUUCUGUGAUAUCUCCCCACUACUUAAUCUCACCUGUGAAGAUUCCUCACAAGCUGAGCUGGUGGACUUCUUCUUGGCCCUCAUGGUCAUUGCUGUUCCCCUUUGUGCAGUGGUGGCAUCUUAUGUCAUUAUUAUCACAACCAUUAUCAGGAUCCCUUCUUCUCAUGGCCGCCAAAAAGCUUUUUCCACCUGUGCCUCUCACCUGACAAUUGUAAUUCUCUUCUAUUCCACAACACUUUUCACUUAUGCUCACCCCAAGCUUAUGUAUACCUACAGUUCCAACAAAGUGGUAUCUCUUCUCUACACUGUCAUUGUCCCACUCCUCAACCCCAUCAUUUACUGUCUGAGAAACCGUGAAGUAAAGUCAGCCCUCAAGAAGACCAUAUUUUGUAAAUAA